CGGGCCGCCUCCGGGAGGCACCAGUGAUUCCAGAGCUGGGAGGCGGCUUCGGCGCGGAUCCUGGGGAGCCCGGCCGCCCACCCGCGAGCCAGUCUCGAUCCCCGAGUCCAGCUGAGGCUCCGAGCCACCCGGCGACCCGGCGAGCGGCCUCAGGGACUUGGAGGACCGCCGCUUGCGCCUGUCCCCCAGGCCCCGCCAUGGGGAAGACCAACAGCAAGCUGGCCCCGGAGGUGCUGGAGGACUUGGUCCAGAACACCGAGUUCAGCGAGCAGGAGCUGAAGCAGUGGUACAAAGGCUUCCUGAAGGACUGCCCCAGCGGCAUCCUCAACCUCGAGGAGUUCCAGCAGCUCUACAUCAAGUUCUUCCCCUACGGCGACGCCUCCAAGUUUGCGCAGCACGCUUUCCGCACCUUCGACAAGAACGGCGACGGCACCAUCGACUUUCGGGAGUUCAUCUGCGCCCUCUCGGUCACUUCCCGCGGCAGCUUCGAGCAGAAACUCAACUGGGCCUUCGAGAUGUAUGACCUGGACGGCGACGGGCGCAUCACGCGCUUGGAGAUGCUGGAGAUCAUCGAGGCUAUCUACAAGAUGGUGGGCACCGUGAUCAUGAUGCGCAUGAACCAGGACGGGCUCACGCCCCAGCAGCGUGUGGACAAGAUCUUCAAGAAGAUGGACCAGGACAAGGAUGACCAGAUUACCCUGGAGGAGUUCAAGGAGGCAGCCAAGAGUGACCCCUCCAUUGUGCUGCUGCUGCAGUGUGACAUGCAGAAGUAGGGAGCCAAGGCUGGUGAGGGGCAGGGCCCUGGCCAGGAGGAGCAUGGCCACCUCCCAACCCCGUGAUCUCUCGCUGGCUGGCCCUUCCCUAGCGGGAGAGGUACUCUAGCCUCACUCUCUGGCCCACCCACCCCUCUGCCCAGGCCCUUGCUCCCCUCAGUCAAGAUCUUUGGGGGAAAAAGAGAGAUCCUCAGGUAGCCUGUGGUCUCGGCCCAGAACCAACAUCCCACUGGGCAAAGGGGAGUUGGCCUUUGCCCCUACUGGCAGGGUUAAGGAGGGAGGCUGGGGUUCUGCUUUGAAAGUCCGUUCUUCCUGGGAUUAUAUUUUAUAAGAUGUGAUUCCACUUACACCCAGUGAAAGGGCCAAAUUGGGUCAGUUCUUUAUUAAAGACCCAGAUCCCUUAAAGGCGGUCUCUGCCCUGUUCCCUCCCCCUCUCCCCGGCCCUUUUGGCUCCUGUCUUUGGAGCGUUCAUCCAGCCCUUUCUUCAGCUAACAGUUACUGAGCACCUGUUCAAUGUCAGGCACCUCCGGGUGCUAAGGAUAUGGCAGUCUACAAGGCACAUCCUGUGCCCUCCGGAAGUUCACAGGGAGGCAGACUUCCGGUGGUCAGAGACGUGGAACACAGCUGAGCACGGAGCGGGUGAGGCAGGCUAGUCAGAGAGGAACUGUUAAACCUUUCCACUCCGUUCUGUACAGAGCCGCAGAAGGAUAAAUGAAGUGUUUGGGAGUCUGGGAACCAUGUACGUGGAAGUUUUAAGGGAAGUUGAAAUUUAUGCAAUACCUACCUAUAUUUUUAGUACCCUUCAAAGGAGCUAAUGUGAUUUUAUUAGUGUAGGGUAUUAAAACAUACUUUAUAUUACUUGAUUUCUUAUAAAACAAUCAAAUGAAUACAGAAAUGCUCAUUUUCAUGGGGAAAAAGAGCUGAGAGAGGGAAAAAAGAAGAGGGAAAUACCACCACACUCACCAGAAAACACUUUUUCUUAUCAAGCUAAAUCUUGAGCUGUUGCCGUCAACAGCUUCUUCUGCUUCCGUUUUACCGAUCUUUUUCAAUUCAGUGAGCAAUUCUGUUGUAUACUUACUCUGGUCAGGUGCUGCCUUCAGAAACAGAAAAUCAAGGUUCACUGAGAGUGAGACUGUGUAUUUCCCACGUCUUGGUAGUUUCUUUCUGGAUUCGGUCUGGUUUCAAGGAUGGCGUGUUCUUUCACUGCUACAGACGUGGCAGGAGCUAGAGGAGGAGGCCCCCCUGGCCUCUGUUUAGGCGUCAGGCUGAAUUUAUGGACCAAAUGCCUAAAAUGUGCUUGCUGGGCAUGCUCCCCUGGAAAAGCUUGUUCUAACCCCAAAUCCCAAAUCAGGCAGACAACUCAUCAUCUCCCAAGGGCACUGGCUUUGCUUUCCAAUGUCGGCUCUCCGGGUUUGGAUCCGUGAGCUAUACCGCUGCAUGCUUUGACAGCUGGAGAAUUCAUCUCGCUUCUUUAGGUCUUUCACUUACUUUCUCCCAUACUUGUGAUCAGAAAUUGGCUUUCCUAUGCAGUGACAGUUGAUUUCCUCUUGAGCUGCUGGUGAGAACAGUCUCGUACACGGGUGCUAUCAGCCCAGGGUGGGGACGGAAUGGCUGCUGAGUUGGGGGUGCAGAUUGUACCUUCAGAGAAGCAGGGAAGCUUGUCUGUUACUUCGGAGGGUUCACCGGUCCUCUCUCUCUGCAGGAGGAAGCUCUGGGGAUGUGGAUCUUUGGUCCAGAACUCUACGGGACCUUCCUACCGGCUGCCCUUGGAGGGAGCAAGGCCACUGGGUUGCCACCUCUUUCUGUCCUGCCUAUGACCUGCCUGUUAUCAAGGCUAGGGGAUUCACAUCCCCGGGCAGUAACCAGUAGGCUUUUAUCCAGUAAUGCCUCAAAGGAUGUUCCAUUGCUCUCAGGAGCUGGCCAUUCGAUGUAUCUUGCGCUGUCAGUCAGCACCCCGGAUACUCAAUAGCCUGGCUCAGCUGACACUUCCAAUGGAAGGCUUUUUACAAAGUGGGGUUCCCAUCCCACAAAUGUUGAAUCCAACGCAACUCCCCAUCACACAGAACUUCAUGGCUUUCCAAGGCUUGCCAUCUGCCCCAUCUCAUUCUAUGCUCACAGCCUAGGAAAAUGGGGAUUUCAUUUUCCAUUUCCUUUCUCCGGACUUGGAGACCGAGGCUCAGAGAGAGGGAGUCUCUUGUGCAAACAGGCAGAGUCAGGAGGUGGCACAGCGCCAAGACUUGAACCCAAGACUCGAAGCAGGUUCUUCCCUCCAGAGUCUGUCCCCUGCGCAUUUAUCUGGCUCUGAGUUGUACAGAGGUUGACUGUGGGGCAAGCUAAGUUAGUCCGGUCUUUUACAAGCUUCCUGCUAAGAGGAUCCUGACGCGGUGGUCUUCCAAAAAGAAACAGGAGCUUGGUUGAAGUCCCCACAUUUUCGAGCUUCUUGCUUUCUGUUCUGGGCAGCUCUGCUAGCAAAUCAAUGCUGUCCUCGGAGGCUCUGAUUCGGAACCCUGGAAGCAUCUUGCACUGUCUCUAGCAUCAACUUCCUUCCUUGCUUUGGUUUUUCCCCAGCAAGUCCUACCUGUGAGGGCAAGUUUGAUCAUGCCACACUUUUGGACACAUAUCCCUGGCUGAUAUUUGCUGGUGAGGCCAAAGACCCAGCCGCGUUGAAUACAUAAUGCCAGGCCAGGGACCCGGAUCACCAUCUUGCUAAUGGGAGGAGCCACAGACAGGCCAGGCCUUGCUCCCACAUGCUCCUGACGCUGCUUGGGAGCUCCCGUGGUAGAGCCAUGGCCCUGUGUGAGAGGACAGACAGUCCUGCCAUCUCUGCCCCAGCCGAGCGGGACUUGUCCCAGAGCACAGGGUUAGCAGAGAUUGAAGUAUGACUCACAGAGACUCAAAAAUACACAGACAGUCACAGCGUUGAUAUAUCCGGAUUCUCCUUUGAAGUUCUGUAUCUUCUUGCAGCAACUCUGAACUGCACGAUUCCAAAUCUAUCUUCUAACUGUAUUCUGUCCUCAUUCAAUCUUCGGUCCAACUGAUGAGCUCCUUCUUAUCUCUAUAAAAAUCAUCACCAAGGGCUACUUCAGAUGGCCACUCCAGUCAGGAUUACAUAACCUGCCUUAAAUCAAAAGUUAAGGAAAAGGAAGCCCAUAAGCAAAGGCACUUUAUCUUUUUCUGACAAUGGCAGAGUCCCUAGGGGUAGAAAUGCAUUUUGCUAGAGAGAGAGGGGCGGGGGCGGGGAGGAGGAGAGAAUACCUGGGGUUUCUAGGCAAGGUAGUAAGCUGACACUGUACAUUUUUAUGCAGAAAUUUACUAAAGCAGCAAACAUUUCCUGAAGACCCACCCUGGUGAGGCUUCAUGCUGACUUUAGAGAUCGCUGUGGGGGCAAGAAUUUAUUUUCUACAUAUUUUAUUCAUCAGUGUUGAAAAAAUUCAAAUCCUGCAAUUGAGAAGUCUCAGAAAAAUAUGGGCUUUUUCUCUCUGAGAUUUUCAGGGUUUUCUUGUCCCUGUGCCACAGUGUGGGGGCAGGACCGGGCCUCCCAGGGUGUCUGGCCCUUCCAGAGCGGAGGCUCUGGGAGUGUGGAGGCCUGGGGCAGGAGCGGGGGGUGGCACAGGGGUGCUCCCAACUCCUUCACCGCUCUGGCCCGGCCCCCUAUGGAUGUGCUGCUCCUGGCUGUGCCCACAGUGACUGUCCUCCCUGUGCAAACCCUGUGCUGUGGUGCGUGUGUAUUCUCACUGACCGUGAAUAAAAGGUGUGACUGUG